GAUCAAGUCUUAUUUUAGAGUGUUUGUUGUCUUUGCUGUGGAUGAAGAUGGAUUCACUGUGGACCUGCGGGGCGGGAUGAGAGGAGCGAUCUGAUUGGUCCUCAGCAGCUGCAGCAGCCUCUCGUUGGCUGGAGCAAUCAGAUGGGAGACGAGAUGAGACUGAACAAAGACGCCUGACCUGCUUUGCUCCUGUGAACACAGCAUCGACAUAUUAAAGAAGUUAUCAGAUGAGUCGCUGGUAACGCGGCCGAGCCUCGCAUCCGCUCCGUUCCAUGUCCUGCGCAUGCGCGCUGCGUUAAACGAAUGGAUGCUCCUGGCAGUCAGACGCGUCGCUUCAUUUUAAUCCCUUCAUCAGAAUCGAGUUUUGAUGGUUUCAGUGGGAUGGAGUAAGAAGGCGCAGACGUCAGCACCGGAGUCUUCAUCAUCUGCAUGAGGAAGUCCUGCCUCUCGGUGCAAUGGCUGUGCUGUUGGUUCUUCUCUGCUCUUUGCUGCUCCUGUCCCCUCACAUCCUUGUCCAAGCAUCUCCGUCCUGUCCAGCUGCCUGUCGCUGCUACAGUCUCACUGUGGAAUGUGGCUCUACUGACCUGAAGGAUAUCCCCAAACACAUUCCCCCUUCCACUCAGACAAUCUUCCUCCAGGACAAUGUGAUUGGUCAGGUUCGUCAGCUGGACCUCACCCGACUGAAGCUCCUGCACUAUUUGUAUCUACAGAACAACACCAUCCUGAGUGUGGAUCCUGGUUCUUUCCUGGAUCAAGGUCAGCUGUUGGAACUAGCAUUGAACGGGAACCGCCUCCACCUGGUGACUCCGGACAUGUUUCAGGGGCUGGAACAACUCCGCAUUUUAUACCUGUCUAGGAAUUACAUCACUCGCCUGAUGGACUACACCUUCCGUGGUUUACAACGUCUACAGGAGCUCCACUUGCAGCACAACAGUAUAGAGAUGAUAGCUGAUCAGGCUCUGGCUGGUCUGGCCUCUCUGGCUCUGCUGGACCUGAGCAGGAAUAAUCUUCACACCAUCGGCCCUGCCUCACUUCGGCCUGUGGUUAGCCUGCAGGUGCUGCGCAUCACAGACAACCCGUGGCGUUGUGACUGUGCUCUCCUCUGGCUGAGGAGCUGGAUUGAUGAGGAGGGUCAGAGGCUGCUCAGCUCAGCGGAGCGGCGGCUGGUCUGCACCGAGCCCCCACGUCUGUCCCAUCUCAGCCUGGCAGAGGUUCCACUCAACAGCCUGGUGUGCAUCCCUCCACUGGUGCAGCUGGAGCCCAGGAGGCUAGCGGUGCGCCUGGGGGAGAGUCUCAGGGUGUCCUGCCAUGCCUCUGGUUAUCCCCGGCCACAGGUCACCUGGAGGAAAGCAUCCCAAGGUAAAGUAGUGGACUCUCCCAGAGGUCUGGUUCAAGAUUUGGGUACUGGAGGAAGUGAUGUGGAAGGCUCAAAGGAACCCUCAGAAGAAGGCAGAGUCAGCCUGCAGAAGACUGGCGAGCACUUUGACCCUGACACCGGCAGUGGCAUGCUGUUUCUCAGUAACGUGACAGUGGCACAUGCAGGCUUUUAUGAAUGUGAGGCUUGGAAUGCAGGAGGCAUUGCCAGGGUAACAUUUCAGCUCGCCAUCAACUCAUCCUCACUUUCUUCCUCCUCGAUUUGGGCCUUGUGGUCUCAGGUGUCCUCACCGUACUCUCCUGCUUGGCCUCGACUGAAAAGCCACGGCCCUGCUCUGGGCUCCGAUGUGAGCCAGGAGCCCCUGUACGCUCUGGGCAGCAUGGCCUUCAAUUCUCUGGGAGCCGCUACUCAGACCGCCAUUUCUGUGGGCAUUUCCCUGCUGGCAUUGACCGCUCUCCUGCUGCUUGCCAUGAUUUACAGCCGACAUCACCAGCGAGACAAGGAAGACGAUGGUGCUGAAAAGCAGGAAGAAAGCAUCCUGUACGUGAAUGACUACUCUGAUGGGCCCACCACCUUUGCCCAGCUGGAAGAAUACCGCGACGAGCAAGGCCAUGAAAUGUACGUGCUCAACAGAACCAAGCCUGUGCUUCCUUCUGCUCCACCAACAGCUGGGUCAACCACGAACUCGGGCUGCCACGCACCGUCGGACACCUCCAGCCAGACCCUUUCUGUUGGACCAGCUCUAGCUACAAAUCCAACUCUGAUCCUCGUCAAAAUGCAGCAGCAGGACAGCAGCGUAACGACAGUGAGAGUGGAGGGGGAAGGAGGGGAAGCAGAGCCUGUGAUCACGUCAGAGGCUGAAGAAAUGCUUCUAAACCACGCAGGAAUGUUCCUCGAGUCUCAGAUCGCUUAUGAGAUCCACUGCUGAAAAAAAAAAGGUCACCGUUAGACGUUUCCUCUGGAGAAUUGUUGGUGGCAUUGCUGAAAUGCAUCAAGUACAGACUAUUCCUUUUGAAGACCAGACAGAGGCAACAACUUGCUUUGAAACACAAACUGUUCGUGGACUUACUUUGACACUGUGCCAAAAACCGAGCCCAUCUAGAGGAUUAGACCUGGCCCGUUUGGACUCUGCUGCUUCUGGACUCUCCAUGAAUGACAGACGGAAUCCUUUUGUACCAAGAACUUGUUCACCAUGAGUCCAAGAACUAAAACGUGUUCUCCCUAGGACUUCUAGCUCAUUGUGGAGGUGAAAAGCUGUAACAGACAAUUUUUUUUUAACUUCCAGCAACUGACUUUGAUUGUAAUAAUUAUUACUUAACUGUUGAGGACCUGAGAGCAACAUGGUCAGCAGAACCAGUUUGUAACUAUCACAAGUAUAUUCAUCACAGAAACAAGAUCCUAAAAUCCUGUUAAAGUAA